AUGACCAACAACCCCCAAAAUUGCCGAGCAGAGUCAGGCUCUUUUGACCUUCAUCAUGAGGGCCACUCGGGUUGGCUCUCCAUCAACAUCGCCAACCAGUACCUACAAGGAUGGCUGGCAAGCACUAAGCCUGAUAUUGUGCAGUUCAUGCUUGGCACCAACGAUGUAGCGCAAGGGCGAACAACCAACGACAUUAUCGCUUCGUACACGAAGAUGACAGGGUUGAUGAGAGCAUCCAACCCGCGGAUGAAGAUCUUGGUUGAUCGCUUGAUCCCGUUGUCCUUCAACGGUGGUGGAAUCGAUACCUUGAACCAGCGAAUCCCGGGUUGGGCCAUUGAACAGAACUCGACCAACUCUCCAAUCAAAAUUGCAGACUGCUCGAGUUCUGCCGGGUUCACAACCUCCAUGUUGCGAGACGGCGUACACCCCAACGACCAGGGAGACCAGGUCAUAGCCCGGCAAGUCGGUCCAUUGCUGAUCAAGUACGUCAGGGAUCUCAUUGCCGAACGCGGGCUAUGA